GUUUAAUAGACACGAUUCUGCAGACGCAGGCAGAGAGAGACAAAUGGAGGAGGGAAGAAGAAUUCUCGAAUUCUCGUGCCAAAAAAAGAAGCCAUUUUCAUAGGGUUUAAGGAUUCAACGAAAACCCUUCCAUCCAUCUUAAAAAUUUCUUUACCCUUCAAGUAUCCCAGUUCAAAUCUCCGUUUCUCUCAUAGAAGGAGAUGGAUUUGCAGUCAGCUUGUGCUUCGCUCCACUGUCAAAAAGUCCCAUGUUCUACAGUUUCUCGGUGUCAACCUCAUCAAGUGGCUGCCCUUUCAUUAUCAGCACCCAAGCAGCGAGGUUGCAGGCCAUUUGGGUUAUCAAAUGGGAACAUUUGGAUCCAAAAUCAUCUGAAAUUAAAAUCGAGGUUGGGGAGUGGAGUUGUUGUGCGUGCCCGGAAUUCUGAGAAAUUUGUAAAGUCAGAACCGUUGAGGAAGGAGAUUAGAGAUGUGCGGGUGAAUGCAUAUGAUGGUUCGGAGCCGUUAUGUGGUAAACCUGGGUCUGUUUCAUUUGUGGGGGUGACUCAUCAAUCUGUGGAUGAAGGUAAAUUGGUGUCAUCCCCUGUGGAGGAAAAUGCGAGGUCCAUUGUGUGGAUAGUAGCUCCUGUUGCCUUGAUUGCUUCAUUGAUGCUUCCACGGUUUAUUCUUGGCAGUGCUAUUGAAGAACUCUUCAGGAAUGAGGUCCUCUCUGAAAUCAUUAAUUCAUUCAUCUCCGAGAUGGCAUUUUACAUCGGAUUAGCAACAUUUUUGCACUUCACCGAGAGUGUUCAAAAGCCAUACCUCCAGUUUAGUGCAAAGAGGUGGAGUCUCAUCACGGGGCUUAAAGGAUAUAUAAGUUCUGCUUUCUUCGUGAUGGGGUUUAAGAUAUUUGCACCCCUGUUGGCGGUUUAUGUUACCUGGCCAGUCCUUGGUUUACCUGUAUUAGUCGCUGUGGCUCCUUUCUUGGUUGGCUGUCUGGUUCAAUUUGUUUUUGAAAAGUUUGCUGAAAGCCGGAACUCCUCCUCAUGGCCCUUAAUACCGAUUAUAUUCGAGGUUUACAGGAUAUAUCAACUUACACUUGGUGUUCAUUUCCUUCAUACAAUGAUGUAUGCAAUGAAGGAUUCACCCAUCACAUCACAAUUGAUCGAAAAAAAUGGGGCGUUGGUUUCUAUGAUUGUAACUUUCCAAAUCUUAGGCGUGUUUUCACUCUGGUCAUUGUUAACAUUUCUCCUGCGGCUCUUUCCUUCCAGACCGGUUGCAGAAAACUACUGAAGUCUUCGUAGAGGGAUUCAGGAAACCAGUUUGUCCGUAGCUUUUGUGAGAAUUAGAUGUAAUUUUAUGGUAGUUCAGAACAAACUUUUUUUUUUUGGCAGCAUUUGGCAUUGAUCUCCUCGUGUCUGUGCCAGAUCCUAACAUUCUCCAUCAGUAUGGUUGCAUAUAUUAUCUCUCUUUUCUAAACUUGUGUGAGUGACCAUAUAAAAUUAUUAUGGCUUGUAAAACUGGUCAAAGGGGAUGGCCAUGUUGAUAAUUCACAACUGCAUGAAUGUAAACACUCACCCUAGUCUUGUUUAAACGGCGUAAAUUUGAAUGUGUUUGAAUCAAA